GAAAUAUCACAAACAGGCUUGGGCGUAUCGAAAGGAGCAACUACUAGUACUCAAAAGGAAAAUCCACUGUUUUGCAAUGUCGAAAGUUUGGAGGCCGUGGGAUGAGCCAGGAACUUCUCAAACUACUUCGAAGAAAACAGAAAGGCUGAAGAAAACACCGGGAACGUCCGAGAUGUCAGUUAUUAAAGAAGCAUGGAUCAGUGAAAGAACCAGAGGUUGGGAAGCAGUAGCAUUAUGCGCCAAAGAGUUGAUUUUAAGCUCCCACCAAGUGCCACCAGAGGUUWAGACCUACUACRAGAAGUCUAAGYUAACCGCCAUUGCGUCCAGGUGCCAGAGGUGCGUUAAAAGUAAUGUCCAUGUUGUGAAUGCGGAAAAGCAAAGUAAUACACGCGAAAGAGCAAGUGACGAACAAAAGAGCAAGAACGAAAGUUCUAUCCAGAAGAAAGACAAGGAGCCCCACAAGCUUUCACAGAAACCGCAGACAUCGUUUUUAGGUGAUAGCUCAUGUGACGAGAGAAAUGCCGAUAUGCGAUAUGCUGACAUUCAAUAACCAGAAGAAAGAAGAGAUAGAGAAAGWCGAAACGAGCGAAAAAGGAAAGAAAAAAAGAGUGACGAAAAAAGUGAUAGCGAUAGAAGUGACAGCGACGAGCCACGUACCAAGAAAGCCAAAGACAAGUCCAAGUUGCGGAGAGAGGCUCUUGAAAAGCAUUCUUUGAUGUGUAAUGCGGCUUUAAGUACAAUGCAGAAAAUGCAAGGGCUUUUCGAUAAAAUUGAAAAUAAAUUUGAAAAUUUASAGUUGUAAAAGGAGUGAGAGCGAGAGACAAAAAAGUCGUGUCUAGCUAUCGUUAGCGUUCCUAGGAAUUUUCUGAAUAGUGUUAAGACUGGUGUGUGUUUUAGUGUAAAUGAAAAUAUGUCGCUUUCUAAGAGUUGUGCAUUUCAUAUGUUUUAUGAAUUUCUUGUAUUGACCAUAAAGAAUUGA